GCCGCGGAACGUGAACAGCUAGCGUUUUGUGGAGCUAUUUCAGUGGGACCACGCCGAAGGCCGCGCAAAGGCGCCAACUGGUCUCUAAAACUGCACACAAGUAAUACAGUCUGUGGCGCUCUCUGCAACUGCCUCUGGGACGUCCAGACAGGUUGCAGAUGUCUCCGCCUUCACUGUCUUGAUUCCUCCUGGACCUUGCUGUAGCGUUGGCAAAAGAGAGAGAAAGCGUUAAAGGAGGUUGUAACAUGAAGAGAGGCACAAAAGCCUGCACGACACCAUAUCGAGGAGUCUCCUCGAAUCCAUGUAUUGCGCUGUAGUGGUCUUCAAGGCAGACAAAUAUCUCGUCGUUACGGUGCCAGGUGACUCGGGCUUGGAAAGCACCUUCCGGACGCACUACCUUCCAGGGAUAUAUCCUUCGGCAUCGACGUAACCUCAUACAGGUGCCUCGCUGCAAUGAGCCCUUCGAGUCACACGUAGCGUGCACUGCAGUCAGCUGGGCUAUGGCGCGGAAGGCACAGGAAGGCUGCGCGGAGGAAGAGCAGCACAAGUGCAUAGUUUGUGCCACAGUACUCCGCGGUGAUUAUGCAUUCAAGAAGCACUUGGAGACUCACAAUGAGCCGUUCGGGGAAGAACACUUGAAGCUUCUGGCACACAAGCUCCCGAACGGACGCCUGGAAUGCCUCAUAUGCGGGACCGUGUUGGUUGACAAGCGCACCUUUCGGAAUCACUACCAGGGCUGCCACACGACCAAGAGACGGUUUGAGUGCCCUGUCUGCCUGAAACGCUUCAAGGUCUCCAGUGCCUACAUCAUCCAUCGAGAGAUCCAUUUUUCGAACAGACAGCGCUACGAGUGCAAAACCUGUGGCAAGGUGUUCUCCGGCAAACCUCAGUUUCGGGCCCACGUUGAGGCGCAUUCGGCAAAAAAGGAGCGCUGCGAAGUAUGCUUCAAGUACUUUGCGGGUAACCUUUUACGAGCCCACUAUUACAAACAUACCACGGCAUUUCGGGUGCGGUGCAAGAUAUGCGGAAAGGAAGUCAAGGAGAGAUGCAUGUAUGUUCACAUCAACUUUGUGCAUCUCGGACGAAGUGAUAACAUAUGCGCCGUAUGUGGAGCAAAGUAUAAAAAUCCCCAUGCAUUCGUCAGUCACAUGCGGAGACACACUGAUGAGCCCGUCGACGUGUGCAUCAUUUGUUCGAAACCCUUCUACAGGGAAGAUAGUUACGUAAGGCACAUGGAAGGUGUUCACGGAUGCGGGAUCAAGAAGUGGUCGUGCUCCAUGUGCACAAAAGAUUUUCUCACAAAGGGGCAGUUGGAAGCCCACACCCCGGUGCACACCAAGGAGAAGCCCUACAAGUGUGAAGUGUGUGGAAAGGGAUUUGCCUGGAAACACAAAGUCAAAGAUCACAUGAAGACGCACAGCGAAGAACGGCCAUUCCAGUGCAGCUUAUGUAGGGAGGCGUUUAAGUGGAAGCACAACCUCGCCAACCAUCACAGGGCAAAGCAUGUCUCUCCUUAAUGGCCGCAAAAUGUCGCAACUCAAGACAGGGAAUCAGGGUAUGUUCUCUUGAAGUUUGCCGGAUAUUAGAGUUUGUAUGGAACCGAUGUAUUUUGUAUGUAUUAGAUUAGAAUUGUGUAUGUAUGAGAAUUUUUUAUGCAACUCGUGCUUUCCAGGGAGUUUACGGAACUCAAAGCUCCUUAAACUUUUCCACAACAGCAGCAGAUGCAUGAUGGUCAUUUACGUACACGACAUAAUGAACAACAAGUAAAUCAUGACUAUGGCAUGGGCUGAUUCAACGCCGGAGAGCAGAACGAUACCCCAUUAUGCACGACACAUUAGGUGUGAACGGUACGCGUCUAUUGAAGCGACAACGCUACAUAUCUCGACUUUCCUGAGUCUUCAUGUGGCUCUUCUUCCAGCGGUUUGGUUACGCGGUAGGUUGUUCUGUCGUCCGUAGUUCCCUCGGUCGUUCCUGUAACUGUCCCUGUUCGCGGGCUCCUCGUAUCAACGUUUUGUAAUAGCCGUCCCCGUACUCUCGGUAGUAUCCAGUAUUAUAUCCCGCUUGGCUGCCGCACUAGUGUCCUUGGUAGUUGCCAGUUCGGUAUCCGUCGUAGUAUACUUUCUGGUAUGCUUCUUGGUCACCUUGGUACCUUGUGAUUGUACUUGCUGGCCAACUUGGUAUCCUCCGCGGUGGUCGUCUCGAUAUCUGUGUAUGUAGCCAGUCAGGUAAUCUGGCUUGUCAGUGUUUCUACCUGUACAUGAGAGAAAGAAAAAUUUGGAGACCAGUCGGGUAGUGGUUAGCUGUGGAAAGUUAAGCUGUCUGCUCAAAGUGUUUUAACUGUUUGCGGAAGUAGUGUACCAAAUUUUGUAUUUCGUUCUUUGAUUUUGUUCUGACCUGUUUGCUACUUCUAUGUUCGUUUUCUGUGAACUUCAAACUCUGUGCUAGAAAGGUAGUGGUUUGCCUUAUUGUACUAUAUGAAUAAAGACAUGCCUGGUCCUGAUAUUUAUUUUAAUGUAAUUUA